AUGCAGUGGAACAUGUCCGCCAUGCCGAUCGUGCUUGCGGACUUUGCAGACGCGCUGGCCAGCCUGCUUGGCCUCCGCAUGCUGCGUCUCGCCAGCUGUUCCAAGGCCUGCCAGCACGCUUUCGACCACGACCCGCGGAUUUGGGGUGCGCUGCUCCAGUAUGAAAUCAACUUUCGGAACAUCCAGAAUAGAGAUGCUGUGGCAACGUCGAUCUUUAAGCGACUUCCGCCAACGGCGAAGUACUUGAAGCUUGAUCUGGGAAACUGCUGCUGGAAGCGGGAGGGCGAUGUCAUCAGUGAGGAGACGUUCAGGCUCCUGGUGCGGAGCAUUCCGAAGUCUCUUCACGAGCUCUCCCUGAUGUACAUGAGGCCACGAGGGAAGCUGUGUAGCGCUUUCGGUGUGGACUUCGCCAGGAGCUUGCCGACCAGCCUACGGAAGCUGGAGCUCUUCGUCGACCUGUCCCGAGAAGCGACGCUGGCGCUGUUGGGGUGCCUUCCACGCCAGCUUUCCGAGCUGAACAUGCACGUGGGAGACCGCUUGAAGUGGAACGCGGAGGCCUUCCGGACCCUGGCCGAAGGCUUCCCGCAGCAGCUGCAAAUCCUGGACUUCGACCUCGACGGAGACCUCAG